ACCCCGUCAACAACAGUUUACAGAGGUUUUGUAUUUUCUUAUGUGAUGUUCCUGUAAUUGUCAACUUGCUUUAUGCCUUUCCUUAAUAAAAUGCAAGAUAUACAUCGUUUGUUUCUUCAAUGUCUUAUUUCAACCCCUUUUAUGUCCGAAGCAGAGACGAAAGCAUCGUAUUCAAGAUGUGUUCAACUAUUUAACGAAGGGGAAGUGGAAGGGAAUUUUGACUUGGAAGGAUUCGAAAAUUGUAUCAGAUCAAUCAAUAGUGGCGUGCGUAGCUUGUUCUUGGAAGUCCGAAAAGGUGUCUCAGAAGAUGAUGGCACUUACUAUUACGGUUUGGUGAACAAUAGCGAAGAUCAAAUCGCCAGAUUGGCAACCAAUUACUCACCGCAUGAUAUUGAUUUCUUCAGAAAAGUGUUAGAUACAUUAGUGCAAUCAGAGGAUGGAACCGCGGAAUCUGUACAUUUAUUACAUGCAGCCGCCGAUCUUCCAAAGUCUAUAAGUGUGUCAAACGCCGAGAAUCUUCUGGAUAUGUGGGUUAAAGACAAAUGGCUGUCUAAGUCGUCUGGUAGCUACUGGCUUGGGCCUCGCGCGUACCUGGAACUGCAACCAUACCUGAAAAGGAUCUACCAUGAUUAUAUUGUUGAUUGUAGUAUAUGCAUGAACAUUGUUCUGAGGGGACAAAACUGUGUUGCAUGUGACGUGAAGAUCCAUCAUCACUGCGCAGCUAAGUAUUUCUACCAAAGAAUAUUGAAGAAAUGUCCUGGAUGUCAAAUAGAAUGGCCCCACGAUAUUGAUCCAAGUCUUGCAAGGAUGGAGGUAGCUGUAAAUAACGGCUCGUACAGACAAAAUGCACGAUCAAGAACAAGUGAAUUUGGAAGUUCUGGCAGUGUUGGCAAGAAAAAACCAAGACGAUAAUGAGCUAAGUUCAUAAAAAUCAUGUGUCAAUAAAGAUAUGAAAAAUACUAGUGGUUAAUAUAAUACAUUUCGCUUUAACAAAAGGAAAUGUCUUCUCUAUCAUGAUUGUACGAGACUUGUGCAUCGUCAUUUCAUAGUUUGGUUGGACUAACCGUGUUUUGUAAACACUCCAAACAUGCUACAUCAACUGAAAGUAGGUGUGCGUUGCGCACAUGUGUUAAACUUGAUUUGAUGAUCUCGUGAAUGAGUGUAUUGCUUCAGCAUGAACACAAUUCAAAAAAAGCUGUGUUAUUUACGAAAUUCUGCAUUCUAAGAAUGCCCCUCGGUCUAUCUAGUAAAUUAAAUUGCUUGCUGCAUAUUUUUAUAUUAAAAUUAAAGUUAAAGACACUUUGUCUCACAAGAUA